UAUUUGUUGAUGUAAAUGCACACCUUUGACACUUUCCUCAAAUGUUUUCUUUCAAAGCCAACAUCUUUUCUGUCAGGCAAAACAGAGAUUGAUGUAGAUAAUGGAAAAGACCAGGAUAUAUUUGAAAUAAAUGAAGAGGCAGGACUUCACCUGGUGGAAGGAGACAUUCUGAUAGAAAAGGGAGAAGGCAGAAACACUAUUCUGGGUGAACAGUAUCGCUGGCCUACCACUGUGCCGUACUUCCUAGACAGCAGCCUUGAGAUCAAUGCCAAAGGUGUGAUACUGAAAGCAUUUGAGCAAUACAGACUCAAGACCUGUAUUGACUUCAAACCCUGGGGUGGAGAGCCAAACUACAUUUUUGUGUUUAAAGGCAGCGGAUGUUACUCGAAGGUGGGGAAUCGACAGAUGGGGAAACAGGAGUUGUCAAUUGGUGCAAACUGUGACCGUUUAGGAACAGUAGAGCAUGAGUUUCUGCAUGCGUUGGGUUUGUGGCACGAGCAAUCCAGAACUGACAGAGACGACUACGUCACCAUAGUGUGGGACCAGAUUGAACAGGGUAAAGAGCACAACUUCAAUUUAUAUGAUGAAACGGUGUCAAGCUCUCUCGGUGUGCCCUAUGAUUACGCUUCGGUCAUGCACUACAGUAAGACGUCCUUCAACAAAGGCCAGGAGCCAACCAUCGUUACCAAGAUACCAGAAUUCUUGGAUGUGAUUGGUCAACGCAUGGAGUUCAGUGACAGUGACUUGCUCAAGCUAAACAGGCUAUACAAUUGUACUACAACCUCAACUUUUCUGGACUCUUGCCACUUUGAGGAACCGAACAUCUGUGGUAUGAUCCAGGGAGAUGGUGGAAAUGCCAGGUGGGCUCGUGUACAAACUGUAGAGGGCGGUCCAAUGACGGACUACACCACUCUGGGUCAAUGUCAAGGGGUUGGAUUCUUCAUGCAUUUCAGCACAGCCACAGGUACCCAUGAAAACAAGGCUUAUCUGGAAAGUCGCCUGUUUUAUCCCAAAAGACGCUCCCAAUGCCUGCAGUUCUAUCAUUACAGCAGUGGGGGCGCCGAUGACCAGCUAAACAUCUGGGUGCGCGAAUACACCUCUGAAAAUCCCAAAGGAGAUCUGAGACUCAUUAAGAAGAUCAGUGGUGGCCUUAAAGACUCCUGGGAACUAUACCAUGUGACGCUAGAUGUCUCUGUUAAAUUCAGAGUGGUGUUUGAAGGAGUUAAAGGAAGAGAUGUAUCAAGGGGCGGUCUUUCCCUGGACGACAUCAACCUCUCAGAGACCCAGUGUCCUCAGUUCACUUGGCGUAUUCGAGAUUUUACCACUCUUCUUGCUACAACCGCUGCCGGCGCCAAAACCUACAGCCCCCGCUUCCUAACCCCAGAUGGUUACUCAUUUCAGAUUGGUUUGUACAUUAAUGGCUUGAAUAAUAGCCCAGCUAAAAUGGCAAUCUACCUCCACUUGACCUCUGGACCUUAUGAUGACAAUCUCCAAUGGCCGUGUCCAUGGCGACAAGCAUCCAUGGAGCUGAUGGACCAGAAUCCAGAUAUCCAACACCGCAUGAACAACAUUAGGAUGAUCACUACUGAUCCAACCAAGACCUCCACUGACUCCAUGGGUAAUGUGAAGUAUAUCUGGGAUGACCCACGAAAAGUAGGCAGUCGAGUGACUGACACAGACGGCAGUUCAUUCUACCGGGGACCCGGUUCUGGAACCAGCAAUUACAUCACACAUGAUCGACUGAAGAGUCGGAGCUUCAUUAAAGGAGAUGAUGUCAUCUUCCUCCUCUCCUUUGAGGAUGUGACUGGACUUUUGGAGCCUCAGUCGAGAGAGUUUUGGAGACCGGAAAUCAGAGAUCAGCGAUUACAGAUUGAGGACUCCAAUGGAAGCUCUAUAACAACGGUGGCAGUAAGCGUCUUUGUGGGUGCUGUCAUGUUCCUUGGUCUUGUUGCGAGUGUACUGUUCUACGUGCAACGGAGAAGACGGCAGAUAAAAAGAGAGAUUGAGCCAGAGAGGACGGAUGGUUCACCCCAAAUUUCCACAGUGGACAGUGGACUACAAGGCAGGCCCUAAUGACAUCAUGAAUGCAGAAUAUAUCAUGAAGCCUCAGUGGAGAAAAAA